UUGCUUAUGAGCACAUUUGAAUAAUGUUAAAAACAUUUGAGCAAAGAAUGAAUAAAAGAUCAAACAACGAUAAAAAUCAAGGCUGUGCAAAAGACCAUUUCCUCUAGUUACGAGUUGCUUACAUGAGAAAUACCAAAACGUAUUGAUUCUUUGAUAAAAAUAAAAAUGUAUAGCUCACGACUAUAAUCGAACGAAAUUGAAUAUCGAGACGAGGACAUACGUCGACAUUGUCGAUGGCAUUAAAGAAUAACACAAAAAGGAACAAAUGAAAGAUGCUUACAGAUGCAAAAGACGCAAAGAAAAGUUACAGCAAUUUAUGCUCCAGAAUUAUGCGAAGAUCGUUAUCAUCACCAUGUUUCUAGAAUAUUGCUGGAAACGAAUAAUGAAAAAGAAGUAGCCGAAUGGAUUAAACGAAAAAAUGUAACGAGGAAUCAGACAAUCACGCGAUGUCUAGGUGCGCCACAUCUUACAAUUCAUGCCGAAAUGCCCGAUAUCCUUAAUAUUUACCAAGAUGUCUGCACGCCAGGACUGAUCCAUAUUAAAAAAGGCGCAGCUGAGAAAAAACGUUCACGAGAAAAUUCUAAUAAAGACGCAUGGGAACUGGUUCGAUGCGCAACGAGGCACACCGGUGCAAGACUUGACGCAUAAUACCGCGACGUAUGUAACAGUUAAUCGCAUUAUGUAGCAACGAACAGAAAUCACGAUUGAUCACUUUGAGAUGCUAAUCAUGUCGGUUCUAGCUUGUGGCCCGCAUAGUUUAUAACUAAAAAUAUCCUCACGAACAAAGGAAUUAUCCAUUGAACGAUUCAAAAAACAACGGUCGGUAUAUGGUGGAAAUCAGUAAAUGGCCGGCCGAUGAACGAUAAUUACGUAUCGAGCAUGAUUGGUUCGCUAAUCUACAAAUACAUAUACAUUCACGAAUGACAAUAUUAAACACGUAUUGCACUGGUAAAUAUACGCUAAUCAAAGAAACAAAGAUUACGAAUUAAACGAAUGGUUCUUAUUUCAUACGACUGUUGAAUUGUCUACAAAUUGUCUUACGCAUCACCACGUGUUACUGAUCACGAUAAUUUUCCCAAUAUCAAAACAAAACCUAAAAAUGUCGAACAUGCGCAUAAUUAUUGUACGUUCUUUUAUCAAAAAUUUUAGACAAGAAAAUUUACAAAUUGACCACAUAAUUUAAACAUUGAUGAUAUUCUUAUAAUAUAUAUCGAAGGGCAAAUUCCACGAGGCACAAUGUAACAUCAGGUAGCAAUCGAUUAUCGAGAUAUUCUUGCCAAAAGAAAAAUUCAUCGUGAUAUUGAAUGAUUGUUACUAGUCGAUUAUAAGUCGAACACAUUGCACUUUUUAAAUCAUUGCAACGUUUGAAUCCCAUAACCGACGUUCGAAACCUAACCCUUUAACAACACGCAACACUAUGCCAACAAUAUAGGUCUUAUAGACAAAUCAGCCGGCAAUAAAUUCGCAGUAAGAGAUAACGGUAAUCUCGACUGAGAUUACUUCAACGACGGUGCGAAUUGCAAGGCCGUCAGCGUAUGACCUUAAUGAGUAAUGAGCAUAGCGCUUAGGCGGACACACAAGAACGAGCACGGUAUUCUGUCUGCUCGCAUGUACCACACACUAUACGAUAUCGUGUAACCGAAUGUGAACAUAGCCUGUCAAAAGAUAGAAUGUUUGGCACUGGACAAAAGUGAUGUCGCAUUGACAGAUAUAUUCCUGUCAACAUAACCUAAAUUAACUAAUCGCGAAUAUUACAAAUAUUGCGAGAAAUUCAAAAAACAGACACGAUUCGUUAGUAUAUUCACGUCGAUUUUCGCGAUCAUUCCUCCUGAACACCGUGCGUGCAGAUGGCGUGAUUUUUAUAGCAACUACGGAUCAUAUCGUUCGCCAAAGACCAUCGACAUAUUCGUCGUGUAUCGAGCUUUUAUUCUAAACUGUGAUCACGAAAAAUAAAUUGAACAAUU